AUGGGCUAUAGAGUUGGAAAUAGAGGAGAAAAGUGGCGGCGUUUCUCUUUGAGCGCCGAGACGGCCGCACAUGCGCAGUCAGUCCCUCCAGGUCUGCCUUCAGCCCCGCCCCUCAGAUACGCGGGCGAGAACCAGCCGGCGGGCGCACGCACGUUUACGCGCGGGCUGCGGCUGCGCAGGCGCAAUCGGAGCGCCUUCGCGGAUCGGUGCCGUUGGUUCCGGCAGGUGGUGAAAGUCUGGGCCCUUGGGCCCCGGCCAAGUCUCGGCAGCACGGAGGUGCAGGGUGUCGCCGAGAGUGCGGGGCCGGGCGCCGCCGGCGCUGUGCCCGGCCCCGGGGCUCUGGCUCCGGCCCUGACUCCGGCCCCUGUCGCGGCGCCGGCGUCGCAGUUCACCCUGCUGGUGAUGCACCCCUGUGGGGGGCAGGACGAGGCUGCGGCCGAGGGCGUCCUGAGGCACGCGCCGGCCCCCGGGGGCAGCGCCGGGGCGGGCAAGCCCGUCAGGUACCUGUGUGAAGUGCCGGGCGAUGGCGAGGAGGAGGCGGGGGAGGACGAAGCCGACCUGCUGGACACUUCGGACCCCCCGGGGGGAGGCGAGAGCGCGGCUAGUUUGGAGGAUCUGGAGGACGAGGAGGCCCACUCGGGGGGCGAGGGCAGCGGCGGGGGAGCCCGGAGGCGGGGCAGCGGCGGGAGCGGCGUGAGCAAGACCUGCACCUACGAGGGCUGCAGCGAGACCACGAGCCAGGUGGCCAAGCAGCGCAAGCCCUGGAUGUGCAAAAAGCACCGUAACAAGAUGUACAAGGACAAGUACAAAAAGAAGAAGAGCGACCAGGCCCUGAACUGUGGUGCGACCUCCUCUGCUGCCAGCGCGGGAAACGUCAAACUGGAGGAAAGUGCAGAUAAUAUACUCUCCAUUGUUAAACAAAGAACAGGAUCUUUUGGGGAUCGUCCUGCAAGACCUACUCUUUUAGAACAAGUGUUAAAUCAAAAAAGACUGUCAUUACUGAGAAGUCCAGAAGUAGUGCAGUUUUUACAGAAGCAGCAACAACUAUUAAAUCAGCAAGUUUUGGAGCAAAGACAGCAGCAGUUUCCAGGAGCAUCGGAUUUUCCAAAGCAUGCCUGGAGCUAGGACAGGGAAUGACUC